AUGCUACGGGGCAGCCCGCACCCUUCGGUGCGCCGUUCAAGAGGGGAGGGCGCUAGCCGGCAGCUCCUUUCCAAGCCAUCCCUCUUCAAGGUGAAGGUAGUCAAGCCGCAUACUCCGUUAAUUAAGUUCCCGGACAGAAAAAGUAGUCCCAGGCCUAAAAUACAGGAAUCUCUACAAGCAACUGUGCCAUCUCUCCAUGCUUCAAAAGCACAGGAGUCUGUAGGAGGCAGAUCACCGGCAUUUCAAAAUACUUCACCUGUUAGUAGAGUACAAGGUACACCAGACACUUCUGAAUUAGCAAGAACCUUACCUCAGAAAUACAGAAGGAAACUUAUGUCAGAUGAAGAGAUUGAAUAUAUUCAACGUGGAGGUCCAGAAUAAGUACGGAUGAUAGUUUGUUGGCCACUGUUGAAGAACGAAGUAUUGUACUCACAAUAAAGGCAUUUCCUUAAUAUUAUAAAUGAUAGUAUACUAAUAGCUUUAAUAAAAACCCAUAUGAAGGGUGAGAAGGCUGACACAACACACUACGUAUUACUGAUUUGUGAUUGAGAAGGAUUUUCUGUUGAUGGCUAACUAGCAAUUGAAUAUACUCGAUGUCCACCCCAUUAAAAUAUUUUUCUAAUUAGCCAUUCGCAAACUUG